UUUUGAGAUGUCAUUUAGAGUCAAUAUUUUGGGGGAAAAUUACAUUCCUGUCUUCCCUAAUCACUUACUCCAUGGCGUUUUGCAUUAUGGUUUCUGCCUUCGCUGCCUUGGGGAGUGUGUUCUCUGGGCUACCCAUAACCUUCUGAUAAUCAGACCUGGAGCACUUUCCUUAGUUCAAAAGACCUUUCUGUAACCAUUGAAAUAAUUUACUAGUUUGUCUGUCUUGAAAAAGAGUUGUUUAAAGACCAUAAACUUAUUGUAUGAACAUGUUCAAACCUAGGCUGAACAACCACUUGGUGGAGAUGUUGUAGAGAGAAUGAAUGGACUAAAGUCCUUCAAAUCCUGAAUUUUGUAUUCUAGGUUAUUUUAACUAUACAGAAAAUUUAAAAUCUAUGGUUAAAACCCAGAUGAAUAAAAUAAGUAUUCUAAACAUUUGCCCAAAAGUAUCCAAAAAUUUUUAAAUACUUAGAAGGUAAUGAUCAAGUGACAACUGUCAGUCUUGAAGAAAUCAGCUAGCAAUUCUGGAUCGUAGAUAGUGAUAAAAAGAAAACCACAGGCCUAAAAUGGAAUCACUUGUAUUAAGAACCCAAUGUCAGCAAGCCUUCAGUACCUAAGCAAACUGUAGUUUCAACCCCCAGGAAUAUAACCUUUAACCAGUUAACCUGGAAUUUCCUGGUCAGCAAUAAGAAAUCUGGUAGGCCCCUUUCCCAUUAGGAGAGUGACCUUGCCUAAAACAAUGGAUUCUUUGCUAAUAAUUUUUUUUUCCACUCAUUCUCUUUUAAAACCUUUCCUUUUCUAUAGCUUAGGGCUUCUAUUUGCUAGGUGGAAUGCUGCCUGAUUGAAUGGAUCAUUUAAUGAAGCCAGUUAGAUCUUUAGAUUUCCUUGGUUAAAUUUUUGUUUGACAGUAGUAAUAGAAAUUAGAGUCUAACUUGUUAGGAUAAAUUCAUUUUUAUCGACUCAGCUGUGUGUACAUGGAAUUGUACUGUAUGCUCAAAAGGAAGUGUAACAGACUAGAGAACUAAAAACCAUUUUGUAAUAUCCUGAACCUACUUGCCCCUUUUUAAAGCAAAAAUGCUUCUGUUGUUAUGAAAUAAAAAUUUAAUAUGAGGAGAGCCGAAAAUAUUUAGCAUGCUAAAUAUAUGACAAAGAUAACUCAACAUUUAAGUAAAACUGGUGUUUUGUGUAAUGGCCAAUGAAAUAUUUAAGACUAAAUAUGUUUUUAUAAAAAUAGGUCAUACAUUUUGUCUUAUAAAAGCAGGCUUUAGUGUGUAAUAUAAAAAUUUACUGUAUUCUCAUCAUGACAGAUUUACAGCUUUUUGAAAAAAGCUCCAAGAAUGAAAGUGAUCCUGCUAUACCUCAGGAUGAAAAUCAAAGUGAAGUCUCCCUAAGCAAAACCCUCUGCAUAGAAAAAGAACUAAUCAGUCAAGGACAAACCUUAAAUGUUACAGACCUUAGAAAAGCAGUUACUUCAGAAAAAAAAGGCAAGGUGCAUUUGGAAAAAGACAAUGAUUGUACAGAAUUUAAGUCACCAAACAAUUCAUUUUUAAUGGCAGAUAGAUCGACAGAAACAGAAAAGAUACACCUAGAAAGAACUGAAAGAUCUAAUCUUCACCAUGCAGAUAUCCACCUGGAGGUUGAAAAUACCAUAGCAUCAUCUAACAAUAUCUUAAAUGAGAUGUCUCACCAUACAAAUCAAAAGAAAGAUGGUUCUGAAGAUGAACAAUUCAAACAAUUCAGAUUGCUUCCAGGGAUUCAAGAAAGUGCCACAGAGAAGGAAAUUCCAAAUAGUGACCAAACCAGAGCAGAUCUGGAUUCAUCUCUAAAUGUAAAAAAUCCUGUUCAGUGUCAGAAAUACAGUUUGCAGGAUUCAAGUAAUGUUAUGUUAGAUGAUAAGCAAUGUAAAAUAAACCAAAUGCAACUGUUAAGUAAAAAAAGUGAGUGCAGUGUAUUGCCAUUUAAACAAACUUCAGUUUUUCAGCAAAUCUGUAACGAUACCUCAGAGAAACCAGAACUACCUAUUUCUUCUGAUACAGCAGUUAACCACCCCAUUUCAUCUGCUUUCAGUGAUAAUUUGAAAGUACUUAAGAGUGCAAAUAAAAAUGUUAAUAUUAUGCCUACAUUGGUGAAACCCAACUCAAGCCCUAGGGAAAGAACUAUAUGGAAAAAUCUGAAUGAUAUGGACACUAGUCAACUAAAGAACUGUUUGGGAUAUUUAGAAAACAGUGUCACCAUUUCCCAUCUCCAGAUUAACAAUGAGAACGUACAUACUUCACAAGCCAAAGACAUGAAAACGGCUGUUCCUACAAAAACUUCCACAGAAAUACAGUUUUCCAAUAAAGAGAGUCAGAGUGAUGAGAAUCAGAUAACUGAAGCCACAAAAAAUGACCUCUUCCUUUUUGUGAAUGUUAAUGAAAGACAGCAUACAUUGUUAAAUAAUACAGAGAAAACAGAGUCAUUAAAUGACAUCGUUUCAGGAGAAAUUUACAGUGAAGGACAGCUGGAAGAAUCAUGUUCAUUUCACAUAAAGCCAUCUGGAGAUUUAGUAAACAGAAGUGGAAGGUCAGCCUUUGAUCUUUCAACUUCAGAUAAAAAAACUGAGAAAAUUCCAGUAUAUGUGAAUUUCUUAGACCCCAGUCCUUGGUCAAGAGUAAAUCAAAUUGAAAGUCAAACACUGAGCACUUCAACCUCUAGCAUUCCUUUGUUGCUGCAGGAGAGACCAACAGGCCCAUCAGAAAACAAAAAUAUGGUUUCAGUGACACUUUGCAAAAAUGUUGAUGAUAUCAGGAAGGAUACUGGCCCAGAUACUACCAGCAUUAACAGAGUUGCUGACACUUUGAAUAGCUCAAGUAUCCAUCCAGAUCCCAAGGGAGAGCCCAGCAAAGAGAGGAAUGCAAUUGCAAAGACUUUUUACGAUUCUUCUUUUCCCACAGAACACGUGAAAAUAAAGCCUCUGAAAUCAACUCUGCCACAAAGCCAUUUUCAGGCAAUCAAGAUUAAAGAUACUACCAAUGUGGCUGCAUCAUCUCCUGGUGAAGAGGACUGGCAGAGCCUGGAAACAAAUCAAGUUAAUGAAAUCGAAAAGUUCCUAAGCUUAGAAAAUGACAACCACCCUAAGAAAAGAAAAACAGAAGAGAUGCUGGAAAAAAUGACAGAGUAA